AUGAUUGGACAUCGCAACAGGUCCAGCUUCUCAGAGCAGACCACCCCAGCGGUGCAGCUCAUCUAUGACGACUCCGCCAGUGUGUCGCGCAUCGCUUUCCAGGACUUCGACCUGGAUUUGUUGGAAUUGGGUGGUGAAGUCACAUGGCCAGCACCCAGCUCGAGCAGAGUCAAGGACUACAUCUUGUACUUCUACACCUCUGGUAACGAGCGUUCUGAGGUCGGUGUGGUGCCGCACGGAAGCAAUGCCAAAGUGAUCCCCAGCGACACCACGUUCGGAGACUUCCAGCUGCUGGCGGUCUACACCCGUUCCACGUUGGCCGAGCAAAGCACCCCGGUCACGGCCGGCUUUUCGGACACCUACGCGGCGGUGGAGAAUGUGACCUUCCCCGAUUUCGAUUUGGACGCCACGGAUCUGGGAGGUAGCCUCACCUGGGAGGAGCCAUCAGAUGCUUCGGUUAUCACCCACUAUGAGGUCUACAUCGCCCGCACGCUGGCCGACGAGAGCCCGGCCGCGGUGGCGCUGCUUUGCAGCGCCAACCUGCAGGAGCUCCAGGCAGUGAUCAGUGGAAGUUGGUCGAUGAGUUUGGAUGGGGCCACGGCAGUUCAAGUUGAGACAGCUGCAAGGAACAGCCUCCUGUCAUCGUUGAGCCUGGCGGAAGAGGAACUGAUCACCACAGUCACUUUUUCCUCGCGUCGCCUCGCCGACUCCGCCGAUUCCCGGCGCCUGGCUACAGUAUGGACAGUGACCUACUCAGCGCUGCUUCCCGUGGAGCUCGCGGACAGCGCCUUGGAACAGAUGCGGAGCUUCAGUCAGCAGCCGCAGAGCUUCCAGGUCCUCCUGGCCUCGGCUCUGCAAACUUUGGGAGUUGGCACCAGCUCACUGCAGCUGCAAAGCUUCGAAGCACCGAUGAUGCAGGUGGUGAUGAAAUCUGAUGAAUCUCAGGCCGACAAUUCGAGCAGCGACCUGAGCGAUGCAGUGCCAAGCCUGCGGCGUUUGUCGUCAGUGAAUGACACGGACGAUUCGGAUGUCAAUAGCACCGUGACCCUGACCACCACCUGGACCAUGUGGGCGCCGGUGCCCAACGUGACUUACGGCGUGGGAAAUAUGACACGCUGUGGCAAUGGGUUCUACAUGACGUACAUCGGCACGUCCCUCGCGGGACAACCAAGCUUUCAGGUUCUCCCCGACUUUGCCUUGGCCAAUUGGACGCACUUCCUGGUCUUCAGCGCCUCGAGCUUCGCGGAAGCCUCCGUCCCCGCGUCACAUCUGAUCUACGACAUGGCCGCCAGCGUCUCGGAUGUGCGCUAUGAUGGCCUGGAUUUGGAUCCCGAAGAGCUGGGAGGCAACGUCAGCUGGUUGCCGCCCAACUUGACGGAACGCGUCAAAGUCUAUCGUGUCUACCUGGCAGAAAGCGCCUUUCCACUCAGUGCUGCAGAACGCUAUUGGAUUUCACCAGAGGUUGAGGUUGGGAGUAGCUUGGUGAGCGUUGAAAGUUGGGAAUCCGGGACUGGGCACAGCAAACAGCGACCUCACUGCUCAGGUCAUCGCAGAUGGUGUUGGUUGGAUGUAGGAUGUAGGGAACCCAAAACAGGCUGA